AUGGGAAAAAGAAAAACGGGCUGGAGUAAAUGUUCAGCUAAAUAUUUUAAACUCUGGUUAAGAAGAGGUCGAGGUAAAUGCCUAAUGGAAGAGAAUGUCCGAAUACCACAAAAACCAAAACAAAAAUGGUCAUUCAACGUUAAUACUUAUGGUAGUGGUCUGCUUCCAGCCAUGUACCGUAGCAGAGAUCGAUACUGCGAAGAAAAGUUUGGAAAGGGCUUUGGAUACAUAUCUUUAUAUCCAGAAAAGAUCUGUGAAAUUCAAUCAUGUGCAAUGCUGGAGCCCGGACCACAGUUUGGCGCCAUCCGUGUUGAUGAAGAAGGAAUCGACGGUCUCUAUUGUGGAUUAGGCAAGAUCGGAUCCCUCAAAAUCAUUGUCAUUGUCAUUCUCACCCAUGUCGACGAAAUCAUUCGCAUCAUCAUGGUCCGAGCCGCCAUUGGACGUAAAACCUUUGAAGACAGGAAUCGAGAUUUCAUCGGACUGUAG